GAAAGAACCCACCCACCUCACAGUCUCACUCUCACUCACACUCCCUCACUCCCCAAUGGCAACAACAAUGGGUGACCGUUAGAUCUCCGAUCAUCACCAGGAGAGUGCAGUGCACCCUCUUGCAUCCGAUCCCACUGCAAUGUCGUGUCCGUGAAUCAACCUCGUUCGUUGCUUUUCUUCCUGCCGACGAUUCUUUGCUUCCACUUCCUCUCAACUCCUUUAUGCUUCUUCUCCAUUUAUACCCCCACUGGUUCAGCUCCAUCGAGCUCAUUUUCCACCUUCACGCGCUUCUCUGCCACCACACGCGACCCAGAUCGGAGUGUCACUGGAAUAAUAAUAAUAAUAAUAUUGGAAUAAAUAAGAUGAUGAAACAGAUCUCACUCAAGCAUAGAUAAUUAGCUAUUGAGUUUGGUGACAAAUGGGGUUGUUGUUGAUGGAGUUUGGAUGUGUAUUUAUCAUUCUGUUUGCACUUGUGCAAUCUGGGAAGGGAGAGGUGUACAUAGUAACAGUUGAAGGUGAGCCUAUCAUAAGUUAUAUGGGCGGCAUCGAUGGUUUUGAAGCUACUGCUGUGGAAUCUGAUGAGAAGAUUGAUACCUCAAGGGAAUCCGUCACUUCUUAUGCCCGCCACCUUGAAAAUAGACAUGAUAUGCUUCUGGGGAUGCUUUUUGAUGAAGGGACAUACAAGAAACUCUAUAGCUAUAGACAUCUUAUAAAUGGGUUUGCUGCUCAUAUUUCCCCAGAACAGGCAGAAACUCUUAGACAUGCUCCUGGUGUAAAAUCUGUAACGAGGGACUGGAAAGUUAGGAGACUCACAACACAUACCCCACAGUUUUUAGGGCUUCCAACUGGUGUAUGGCCAACAGGAGGUGGCUAUGAACGGGCUGGAGAAGACAUUGUGAUUGGAUUUGUGGACUCUGGGAUCUUUCCUCACCACCCAAGCUUUAGAACUCAUAAUACUGAACCAUAUGGGCCGGUUCCGAAAUAUAGAGGAAAAUGUGAAGUUGACCCUGACACUAAGAGAAGUUUCUGUAAUGGGAAGAUUAUUGGAGCACAACAUUUUGCCCUAGCUGCAAAAGCUGCGGGAGCAUUCAACCCUUCAAUUGAUUUUGAGUCUCCUCUAGAUGGGGACGGCCAUGGAACUCAUACGGCCUCUAUUGCAGCUGGAAGAAAUGGAAUUCCUGUGAGGAUGCAUGGACAUGAAUUUGGGAAAGCAAGCGGAAUGGCUCCCUGUGCUAGGAUUGCUGUGUACAAAGCACUCUAUAGACUGUUUGGAGGGUUUAUUGCAGAUGUAGUUGCAGCAAUUGAUCAGGCUGUACAUGAUGGAGUGGAUAUACUCAGCCUUUCAGUUGGACCAAACAGUCCUUCAACAACAACCAAAACAACGUUUUUGAAUCCUUUUGAUGCUACACUUCUUGGAGCUGUGAAAGCUGGUGUAUUUGUUGCACAGGCUGCUGGAAAUGGUGGUCCUUUUCCUAAGACAUUAGUUUCAUACAGUCCAUGGAUAGCAUCUGUAGGAGCUGCAAUUGAUGAUCGUAGAUACAAAAACCAUCUAACCCUUGGAAAUGGACACAUCUUAGCAGGACUUGGGCUGUCACCUUCUACACGUUUAAACAAAACAUACACGUUGGUUGCUGCAAAUGAUGUUCUGCUAGAUUCCUCAGUUAUGAAGUUCAGUCCCACGGAUUGCCAGAGACCAGAAGUUUUAAACAAGAACUUGAUAAAGGGGAAUAUUCUUCUCUGUGGCUAUUCAUACAACUUUGUUUCUGGUACUGCAUCAAUAAAAAAAGUCUCUGAAACAGCAAAGGCCCUUGGAGCAGUUGGAUUUGUUCUUUGUGUAGAAAAUGUUUCUCCUGGAAUGAAAUUUGAUCCAGUCCCUGUUGGCCUUCCUGGGAUUGUUAUCACAGAUGCCAGUAAGUCAAAGGACUUGAUAAAUUAUUAUAAUAUCUCCACACCAAGAGAUUGGACUGGAAGGGUGAAGAGUUUCAAAGGUACAGGUAAAAUCGGGGACGGCUUGAUGCCUAUUCUCCAUACAUCUGCGCCUCAGGUGGCGUUAUUCUCUGCCAGAGGGCCAAAUAUAAAGGACUUUAGCUUCCAAGAGGCAGAUCUUCUCAAACCAGAUAUAUUAGCUCCGGGUUCAUUGAUUUGGGCUGCUUGGUCUCUAAACGGAACUGACGAGCCAAAUUAUGAUGGAGAGGGAUUUGCCAUGAUCUCUGGGACUAGCAUGGCUGCACCGCAUAUAGCUGGAAUUGCUGCUCUUAUAAAGCAGAAACAUCCACAUUGGAGCCCUGCCGCCAUUAAAUCGGCCUUGAUGACAACAUCAACAACUAUAGACAGAGCAGGAAAUCCUAUUCUAGCACAGCAAUAUUCUGAAACAGAAGCUGUGAAGCUGGUCAGAGCCACUCCUUUUGAUUAUGGGAGCGGACACGUGAGUCCAAGAGCUGCCUUGAACCCUGGUCUCAUCUUUGAUGCAGGAUACGAGGAUUAUUUAGGAUUUUUGUGCACAACACCUGGCAUUGAUGUUCACGAGAUAAAGAACUACACAAACUCACAAUGCAACAAUACAAUGGGCCACCCAUCAAAUUUAAACUCUCCAUCCAUUACAGUUGCCCAUCUUGUAAGAACUCGGAUUGUGACCCGCACAGUCACAAAUGUUGCAGAGGAAGAAACCUAUGUGAUCCAAGCCAGAAUGCAACCAGCAAUUGCAAUUGAAGUCAACCCUCCAGCAAUGACCAUUAAAGCAGGAGCAUCGCGUAAGUUUACUGUAACACUUACUGUUCGCUCAGUGACAGGAACUUAUAGUUUUGGAGAGGUUAUGAUGAAAGGAAGCAGAGGGCACAAAGUGAGGAUCCCUGUUCUGGCUAAUGGUUACUCAAGAUAGCUCAGUGUAUGUUUGGAUUUCCGUUGAGUUUAGCGGCCAAUUCAUGUUUGAGUCAACGUGAUAAAAUCUCCCUGUUGAUGUCAACACAAAUGGGGAACCAAGGAGGCACUUAGUUUGGUCAGCAAAGAAAAGUUAUGCUUGUAAUAUUCUUUGUAACCUGUGGGAAUAAGGUUAUGCUGCUAGAUUUAUUCUUUAAAAUAUAUAUGAUGUUGAAUAUAUGUAAAGGUAACCAGGUGUAAAGGGAUACUCUUCUUUCCUCCACUUAUAAAAUUUUGGCUCGGAUUUGGCUUA